CGUCUCUCUCCCUCUCUUUCAGCUUCUCUCUUCCAUCGCCGACCAUGGCCAAGGAGAAACUGAAGCCUCUUCUCACCUCUGAUAAAGGUGGAAUCGCCGAGACUCCUCCUCGAGAGAAGAAGCAUAAGAAGAAGAGCAAGAAGCGAGCUGAACCUGAUCCCGAAUUGCCUUCAACGCGUGGUUCAGGUAUUGAUAAAGAUAGAGAUGGAGUGUUGGUAGACGACGCUAAUAAUGAGCCCACGAUGGGUGAUAAGUUCGAGAGUCUUAACUUAUUAGGCGGAGAUAAAGUUUCUGCUCCCGGUGAUGAUAAGCCUCCUACUGCAGCCUCUGUUAAUGUUCUUUUGAGACAAGCAUUGCAUGCUGAUGAUCGGUCUCUUCUACUUGAUUGCUUGUAUAAUCGAGAUGAACAGGUGAUUGCUAACUCGGUUGCUAAGUUGAAUUCAGCAGAAGUACUCAAGCUUUUGAAUUCUCUUCUGCCGAUACUACAAUCAAGGGGUGCGGUAUUAGCUUGUGCAAUUCCGUGGAUAAAGUGUUUGUUACUUACUCAUUCCAGUGGGAUUAUGUCCCAGGAGUCAUCGUUGCUAGCAUUAAACUCCAUGUACCAGCUCAUCGAAUCACGGAUAUCAACGCUUCACACUGCUGUACAAGUUUCAAGCGAAUUAGACUUGAUUGUGGACGACUUGGAUGAGGAGGAAGAAGAUGAAGGUCCUGUGAUCUAUGAGGACAAGGACAGUGAUGAAGAAGGAGUAGUAGCAGAGGAAGCAAUGGAGACAGAUGAAGAGGCAGACGAAUCAGAGGAUGAAGCAGCUGAUGGUGUCAAUAGUUUUGAAGAUUUUGACGACAUGAGCGAUUGAGAAUACUUCCUGAAAACAAAAAAGUUUUGAUUUGUAUGAGGCUGAUUGACUGUUAGAUGCUAAAAGGUACAAUCUCAACGUCAAGAAGUCUCGGCAUGAAAUUUGUAAUACGCAAUGGUUGUAUCAAUUAGACUGUCUUGAAAAAAGAGUUUAUUUUUCAUUAUGAAAAACUUUGACGCCAAUAUUAAAAAG